AUGGCUCUAGCGGAACUUUGCGGAUUUUCCCCGCGUGGCCUUGAAAUGGGCAGUGAUAUGUUUCAUCGGGACAUCGCGCUGAACACGCAAAACCUACACAACAACAUGUCGCUUGCUGUUCCACCGUUUCAAGAUCCCGCGUUGAAUCUGGCCAAACUUCAAGCUGCAGGUGAAUCAAGCGGCAUCAAGAUGGAUUUCGAUCACGGUACCACCACACUGGGCUUCCGGUUCCAGGGCGGAGUAAUUCUAGCUGUCGAUUCUCGUGCCACCGGCGGCCAGUUCAUUGGUUCACAGACGAUGAAAAAAAUUGUGGAGAUUAAUGACUAUCUGCUGGGCACGUUGGCUGGUGGUGCGGCCGAUUGCGUGUACUGGGACCGUGUGCUGGCUAAGGAGUGUCGCAUCUAUGAGCUGCGCAACAAGGAACGUAUUUCUGUGGCUGCUGCGAGCAAGAUCAUGUCCAACAUCGUCUAUUACUACAAGGGUAUGGGACUUAGUAUGGGCAUGAUGUUGGCCGGGUACGACAAACGGGGACCGCAACUGUACUACAUCGAUUCGGAAGGUACACGAACUCCCGGAAAGGUGUUCUCCGUUGGCAGUGGUUCUAUCUACGCAUACGGUGUGCUCGAUUCCGGGUAUCACUGGGAUUUGACCGACGAGGAAGCGCAGGACCUUGGCAGACGUGCUAUCUAUCACGCCACCCACCGCGAUGCUUAUUCUGGCGGUAUCGUGCGUGUGUACCACAUCAAGCCGUCUGGCUGGGUUAACAUCUCCAAUCAGGACUGCAUGGAUCUGCACUUCCAGUUCAAGGAUGAAAAGAAUAAGAAGUUUGGUGAAUCGGCAUAG